AUGUCUUCUGUCGACCACAAAAGCGAUGCUCCGGCAACUGAGAAGGACCUCACCACCACAGGGGAUCGCAUAGACUACGAUGUCGGCUCCACCUAUACAUCUGAUAUCUUACCACCUCAUGAUUCCGCCGGCUAUCACCGCGUUCUACCGCGUCGUCAAAUCAUGAUGAUGACAUUUGGUGCGGGCAUUGGAACUGGAUUGUGGGUUGGAACCGGAACUGCAUUGUACUAUGCUGGACCUGCUGGAAUCGCAAUUGCAUAUACUAUUAUGGCCUUUGUUGUAUAUGAAAUGUAUAUGUCUAUUGGAGAAAUGACGGCGUAUAAACCCAUUCAUGGAGGCUUCAUCAGGCAGACUAUGGAAUACGUCGACCCGGCGUUGGGAUUUGCCCUAGGCAUGGCUUUUUGGUUUGACUGGGUGAUGAUUAUUCCAGCGGAGAUCACAGCCGCUAUCACAGUGGUGGACUUCUGGCCGAAUAGCGUUCCUACCGCAGCCUGGAUCACCAUAUUCCUCGUAGUAAUUGCCUUGGUUAACAUCUUCGAGGUGAAGAUUUAUGGCCACGUCGAGUUCUACAUGUCGUUCUUGAAAGUCCUUGCUAUCGUGGCUAUGAUUUUCUUCAUGAUUAUAAUGACUUCUGGAGGAAUCCCAGGAACGCCAAAAAUCGAGUUUACUUUUUGGAAAGAAGGAAUGGCCUUCAAAAAUGGGUUUAAGGGUUUGAUGAAGGCCUUUCUGCAAGCCGGUUUCAGUUUCGGUGGAGGUGAACACAUCGCCGUUAUUGCCGGAGAGGCGAUGACUCCCCGUAAGACGAUCAAAAGUACCAUCCGCCCCCUCUUCUGGCGCAUGGGCUCCUUUUUCGUCUUGAACAUCUGGCUUGUUGGAAUGUGCGUCUCCCCGAACGACAAGCGACUCGUCAGUGCGAAAGGUACACUCGCAAGCCCUUUUGUCAUCGCGAUUGAGAACACUGGUCACAAUUGGCUUGCGCAUCUUCUGAAUGCCUUUAUCCUUCUCACUGUCAUCAGCUGCGGGAUAACUGCCGUGUACAUCGCAAGCCGGACCCUGACUGCCUUGUCGGAUCUGAAACUCAUCCACCCGUUCUUUGCAUACAAAGACAAGAAGGGCCGUCCAGUGGUAGGGCUAGUGAUCAGCUUGGUCCUUGGUGGGGGACUCUGCUAUUUGAAUUGCAAUAAUACUGCCCUUGAGGUGUACACAUGGUUCUCUAGUCUUGUCGGGCUCACCGGGUUCAUCAUGUGGGGAACCCUCUUCAUCCAACACAUCCGAUUCCGCGAUGGCCUCAAGGCGCAAGGAAUCUCCUACAAAACGCUGCCGUUCAGGGACUACAUGGCGCCAUACGGACAAUACGUGGGUCUGGCCAUCAUCAUCUUCCUACUGGUCGGCGAAGCCUAUCUGGCACUCUCGCCCGUUUCCGGUGCCAAGCCGUCGGCGAAGAACUUCUUCUCGACCUAUAUCGCCGCACCUUUGUUCGUGGCCGACUAUCUGGCAUAUAAGUUUUGGUUUAAGACCAAGUUUGUCAAGGCCAGCAAUAUGGACUUUACUGCUGCGAUUCCGUUUGAUGAAGAGGACCGUCAAAUGAGAGAGGAGAAAGAGAGGAACCCGCCACCGAAUAAGACGCUGCGUCACAAGAUUACUUCAGUUCUGAUCUAA